AAGUCUAACAACAAAGGGAAAUAACUCUAAUAACAUUACUGGUUUGUGCGUGUUGUCAAUUUUACGAAAGUAAUGUUUUUCCUUUUAAUUUAGGGUAUUUUGCGAUGGCUACAGCUUCAGAAUCAUCCACGUUUAAGUGUUCGAUUUGUCUUGAUAUAUUCGACAAACCUGUCGAUAUUGGAUGUGGUCAUAUAUAUUGUUCAAAAUGUGUUAGCUCCCUUCCAUCGAGCCCCCCACAGUGUCCUCAAUGUCGUGAAGUUUUCGACAUCAGGCGGAUGAGUCCAGCUGUGGAUAUUGAGAUUCAGUUGCAUUCUACUAAAUCCAAUUGCCAAUGGUGUGGAAAAGAUAUGUUAAUGACCCAACUGAGAAAUCACAACACCAAGUGCUCUAUGGUGGACCGAUCUAUUCCAAAGUUUAAGCCAAUCAAGAUGACUUCUCAGGAAAUACCUAGUCACCUUCCAAACCGGUCAACGUUUGACUGUCCGUAUUGUAAGAAGGGCAACUUGGACAACAGUGAUCUUGUGAAGCACUGCAAUAAACACCACAAACAUGACCCGUCUAAUGUUAUUUGUCCCAUCUGUGUAGCAAUGCCGUGGGGAGAGUCGGAUCGAAGAAGCGCUAAUUUCAUUCAACAUCUCAAUCUUCGGCACAAGUUUGAGUAUGAAACAUAUGUGGAUUUCAACCAGGAUGAUGAUGCUAUGCUAGAGGCAGCACUCCAGGCUUCACUGAAUGACAGAUGAAUUUUUCAUCAUCAUGCUGCACUAUUAGUAGAGAUGAUUUGAAGACAGAUCAAGGCAUGUCCUCAUCUAGGUGGAAGUGACCUCUAUUAACAAACAUGACACCAUCGUUCUAGAUGGGCAUCCAGGCAUGGAUUCGGAUUGGAUUCUAGGAGUCUCCAAACCCCUCCAUGUACACACACACACACAUGCGCAAGCACGCACGCACACGCACUUACAAUUGCUCAUUUUAAAAGUGCAUUUUCCUAAGCCCAAAACAUUUUUUUUCUUCUAUUUGUUUUCAUGUAUAAAUAGUUUUGGACCUCACCUGCAAAAACAUCCUGGAUCCAUGCCUGGCAUCGCAGCUGGGUUUACAAACCAUGAAUCUUUAGGUAUAAAACAUCUGUUGUUUAAUAUGAAUAACUGUUAUUCACAGACAUUGUUUUAAAUACAUCUGCAUGUGUACAGGACUCGUCAUACAAAUAUGAACCCUCUCAUUACCUAUAUGUGAAGAUCUUCAUUAGGUACACAGAUUUAAAGACCUGUAACACACUUGAACCCUCUCAUUACCUAUAUGUGAAGAUCUUCAUUAGGUACACAGAUUUAAAGACCUGUAACACACUUGAACCCUCUCAUUACCUAUAUGUGAAGAUCUUCAUUAGGUACACAGAUUUAAAGACCUGUAACACACUUGAAACAUGGGUUUUAUCUUGGACUAUAUUAAAGUUUUUUUAAAUGGCAGGUUUUUUUGCCGUGGACAUUUUCUUAAUUGCAGGGGUUGCAUUAGGUGAUGGGAUGCCAAUGUUUUCUAGUUCGUUACAGAAAACAAACUCCUUUCAAACUUGUUUUGGUAACACCUCUGUCUGUUGUUAGUAUAAAUUUAGGGAGUUGCCAGAUCAUCCUCGUGUUUAAUACAGGUCUGUUUGUUUUUAAAACAAAUCUAGAAUACUGGUGAAAAAAUAAAAUCUGCUAAAACAUUUAGGUAUGGUGCCAUACCCAAAUACUAUUUAUUGGGGAUGCUAUUUUAGCCUCAGAAACUGGCAGACAACUGCUAAUUAAAAAAAUUAUAUUAAAAUUGACUGUUUUUUCCUUAGGAAUGUGGAGAUGCAUGCAACUGAAUUUUGCAUUUCUUUGAUUCACGGACAAGAAGUCUGGGCUUACACAUGUAGUUUAUUACUAUCUUGCAUAUUGGGUUGCAGUGUGUGUACAUAGUAAACAGUAGCUUGCAUUAUUUCAUUAAAAAUCGUCUGUGUUUCAAAUAGAAAAAAAUGUCUACUCACCUUAGUCCUACAUCUUCCACAUUAACCAAGACUACUGAGGCCAAAUUUAUGAAGCCUGUUUUUUUUAGAUGCAGGUGUUUAAGCAUUGUAAAUGUAUGUAAUUACACAUGUGUAAGACAAACAGGCUUUGUAAAUUUGGCGUAUAAUAUCAUUCAAGUAGUCUUGUAACACUGUUCAACAAUACAUUAUAUUUUAUGGUGCAUUUAAAUGUUGCAUCACAAAUUGUGUAUACAGUAAAUAAUGGUAUGUACCUUUGUGUCAAACCUGUAAAUGGAUAAAUGCAAAAUAUCUCAUCAAAUGUGAUUAACCUUAAAGAAAAUCCCAAAUUAUUGAGAGAGAAAAGUUUGUUUUAUUUUAAGACACCACUAGAGCACAUUGAUGUGUUAAUCAUUGACACCACUAGAGCACAUUGAUGUGUUAAUCAUUGGCCCCACAAGAGCACAUUGAUGUGUUAAUCAUUGGCCCCAAAUUAUUGACAGAUUGUGUUCUGCAUGUUGUAAUGCUGUACAAUACAUUGAUGGUAUAAGAAAUAAUAAUUCUAAUACCAAAGACCACACAGCUAAACACCUAAUUUGCAUCAGAGCUAUAUGUGGCUAUCACAUCACUAUAUUUUAAUCCAUACCUGUGAUGUCACACUAUUCUAGGUGUAUAUUAUUUUUUAAGAUUCAUCACCUGUGAAACAAAGGAAUUUGAACUUCUUACGCAUUUGAACCCACUACUGACAGAACUUCUCAGUGAUAGAAAUACGCAGAAUUUUUUUACUAGUCCACCGGACAAAUACAUCUAAAAAUCUACUUGUCCAUCAAUAUUUUCACUUGUCCAAAUAAAUGGUUUAUUUUAUUCAAGUAUCAGGAUGUUUGUGAUUGCUAAACCACGAGGCACAUUUUGCUUGUCCGAAUAGAUUUUCACUUGUCAGGACAAACAGACAAGUGCUUAUUUCGAACACUGCUUAUUCAUUGUAAUCAUCAGAUAUGUAAUUUAAGCCUCAAACCUGAUACUAGUGAUAGUAAUGUAUUCUGUCAAAGAUUGUUGGAAACGUAAACGUAAUGCCAGCAAUCCACUGCUAAGGAUUUCCUCACAGAAUCGUUCAGGUUACAUCCGAAAGGAUCCUAUGGUUUUGGGUUAUUAGUUUUGUAAAUAUUUUUUGCCAUUUUAACCAAUAUUUUAUUUAAAAAGAUAAAAUAGUAUUUAAUUUAGCAGUCUUGUAAUUUGUUGUGAGUGUCGGAAGUGUAUUCAUGAAAAAUUGUUUUUUAUAUUAAGAUGAUGAGAAUGGUAGGCAGAUAGUUGAGAAAGAUGAAUGUCGUAAGUGUAGAUUCCUGAAAAAUAAUAACUUGUUGGCUUGUGAAUAUUUCGUAUGAAUCUAUACUCCCUCGUGUUCCCCAUUACCAGGGUUUCUAGAUUAUGGUAGCCCCACUCCCAUGGCUAGUAAUAUUCAAUGUUGGGCUAGUAAAUAACUACUAUUGCCGUGCCCGACGGCUAGUGAAGUUUGUUUUGGUCAAAUAACUCCAUUUAAGUCUGUUUUGUAAAUAUGAAUAUCCUGCCCUCACCCUCGGCCCCACCCUCCCAAUCUUACUGUUUUAAAGUUUUAUAUCCCUCUUCAGGUGACCUAUCUGAUUAUUACUAUUAGUAAAAUUGUAUUAACUAAAAGUAGGGCUAGUGAAUUUUUAAUUGUGGUUAGUAAAUUUUCAAAAUUGCUGGUCCCAUGGCUAGUGGGUUUUCUAAAAAUCCUGGAAGCCCUGCCAUUACUUAUAGUCCAUCCCACAGGGGAUGCCUUUUUUCAUACUAUGGAAUUUACUAGAACUUAUUGAUUUCUGGGCCGAUUGAUUUGUAAAUUGCACGCAAAAAUAGGGGUUUUUUUGUUGUUGUUAUUUCCAAAACGUCAAAACAAACUGAAAUUAUUUACAUUUUUUUUUUUUAUAGAAUGAUGGGAUAGACUAUAAGUGAUUUGAUCAUUUAGAGGAUAUAGCAGUUGAAUUAUGUUUAACUUCUGUUCAGUAAACCAUGUACAAGUUGGUGAUUCACUGGGAAGUAUAUUUACCAAACAUUUUAGUGAAUAAACUACAUUUUGUAAACAACAGUUGUAUAUAGUGUGUGUAUAUAUAUCACAUGUAUUUAUUAAUAAUUAAAAACAAUUCUGCAA